UUCACGGAUUAGUCAUUUGUCGUUCAGCUCAGUAGAACGAUGGCACCUUUUGAAUCGUGACCAAACCAAAUUCAUUCAUUCCGGCAUUGAGUUAGAAAAGUGUAUGGGUUGAUAACCCUGAAGAUUUUUACUAGUCGAAGUGAUGACAAUGACAGUGAUGUUUUGGAAUACUUGACGUUAACAUCAGGAUGCUGAGCAGCCUGUCUCAAGGUGUGGGCUCCCUUAAUGGAGAUGUGUCUAUUGAUUUGGACCAACUCAAGGGCCGUCAGACCCAUUACACACUGCCGCCAGUCCUUCUCACGAAAUUCGGUCCACCACCUUACCACCAUCAUGGCGUCACAAUCAGCUCUCGAAUCAAAUCGGCCCAGUCGUCAACCCGGUCAGAAAAACCCGACGGAGAACUCAUCUUACCCAAAACGUUUUGUACCAGGAAGGGGGCACUGCUUUUAUUCACCGCACCAGAAAAGAUCCCGGGAUUAAGCGAGGAGGAUCGGGAAUUUAUACGGGAGAAGAUGAGGAUAUCAAAUAUUCAGGAUCUCAGUAAUCGGAUCGGAACGUUGCAUCGGCUGACCAAAUCAGUUCUUAUGUAUGGAGAUGAGGGCUAUGAAAAGGAAAGUACAAGCAUAGCUGACGAAGAAAACAAAGUCAUCUUGAAGUUUCUCCAUGGACUCGAUGAGCGUGCCAUAGAUAUGAGAGCGCAGCCUGGUGGUGACUUUGGUUCCUACUUACGAGAUGUCAAAUCACGAGCGAGUUCCGCAAGACCGUCUUCAGUUGGUCCAGGUGUCCGGUUUGAUGAUAAUGUUUCUGUUUCAACCAUUAAUGACGAUACCAGCAAAUCUCCAGACAUCUUGACUGCCAACAGUGACAAGUUGACCGAACCGUUCCGUGCAAGCAGACCCACCAGUUCAGUGGCAAGCAGACGCUCUUUCAAAGUGUUAUCGACUGACAGACUGACAGCCUCUCUGAAAUCGGCAAGCCUCGUCGACACACCAUCCCCUGUUAGCACAAGAUACUCCUAUGAUGAUGCAUUUGUUGAACCUUGCCUGACUCGUGCGGUCAGUGCACGACCCAGACGACGGAGACGACCUCCUUCACAAACUAGAGUUGGAUCGGGUCAAGUGAGGGGGCGCCAGACGACGAAUCAGACCGGUGAUGAACCUAACGUUAAGUUGGAACAUCGCAAACAGCAGCUGCUUCGACGACAGAAAAGGGCAGCUCAAAAAGAAGCUGAAGGCAAAGGCCCAGAAGGUCAAGGCCCUGAAGGUGAAGGCCCUGAAGGUGAAGGCCAAGUGAAAGGUCAAACUCAAGGUCACGUGAGAAGACAAAGGCAAGGUCGAGAGGAAGACGAUAAAAAUGUCUUUACAAAGGAUUCUUUGGCUGAAAGUAUUCUGGAGGGAGUUGAAGAUGAUUUUGGAGAAGAUACUCAACAGACAGUGCUGUCUCCUAGUGGCAGUAGUGAUAAACUAGGAGAUGAAAAACUACACGCAGAAGUUGUCAGAAAUCGUGGUGAUGAAAAACCAGCUGAUUCUUGUCCAACAUCUGUUCCAAGUAAAAGAUCAAGCAUAGCAUCGCAGGAUGCCGACCCGAGUGGAAUUUCUAGCGUCGUGAUCCGGCAAGCAGACAGUGUUAUUACUGAUCAUGUGAUCAAUCCAGAUGAAGUGCCCGGCGACCGCGGCAUUGUUGUCAAGCCGGAGGAGGAUGGUGUCAGUAUCUCAUCAUCUGUUCUUGAAGAGCAGGAUAUUGAUCUACCAUCAGAUGAUGAAGCAAAGUCUUUGAAAUGGAGUGACCCCCAUGAGACAAGACAUACUCAGAAACCAUUACCAACUGUUGUCGUAAAGGACAAAUGCCCAGUUACCAUAACACCACAGGAGGAGAUACCAUUUGAAGGUGAAUUUGAACUUGAUGUGCAAACACAGAUUGGGAAGGAGGGCGAUUUGUCUUUAAAUGGUGAUGUUGAUAUUUUGGAUGAGGACGACAUUUAUGAUGAUGACGGUGACUAUGAUGAUGGAGAUUAUGAAGAUGAAGACUAUGAUGACUAUGAGGAGUAUGACGACUUUGAAGAAGAAGACUUUGAUGAAGGUGCUACUCAACCAUUGAUGCCACAGUACACUGGGACCUUAUUUUCUCGUGCUGCUUCAUUCUCGUUUGAUAAUACUCUUGCUGAAUCGCAGGAUCUUGAUAACAUAGUGAUAGAUGACAGUGUUCAGAUGUUGCCUCACACUGUCGACUCACUGGCAGGAUCCAGACCAGACACAAGAACACAGGAAGAGAGCGAAUCUGAAGCACCUACCCCAUCAGCACCCCCACCAUCACCCCCAGGCUCCAGGAUGUCAAAAGCAGACUCCCCGAAACAAGCCCCAUCCCAGGCUUUGUCGGGUGGUUCCAGGCCAGCAUCAGUUGCUGUGUCGGUGUCUCCAUCCCAGGGAGGGUCUGCCCCACCUUCUCGUGCAGGAUCAGCCCAGCCGAGGCUGGCAUCCAAGGCUUCGAGGAAGUCAUUGACUGGGGAACAGCUCCCUACGCUGGUGGCAUCUACAGAAAGUUUUGAUCGCAUUAAGGAACCAUCGUCUUCAAGGUCAACACCAGUUAGUGAACUUGUCCCACCGGAAUAUCUCAAAGAGCACCAGUUCGGUGAACAGUCAGAAGCUGGUAGGACAGUCGACAGUGGAUUUGGUGGAACGUACUCCUUGAAGCAAGACUCGGCAACUGACAGUCGUUCUACAUUCCAGAACGACUCCCCUGGCCUUGCCCCCAGUAGGCCUAUAACUGUCAAGCUGCCAUCAGAAAUGGACGAUAGUGGUUCCAAAGAGGACUUGUUGAAAAGCCGAGUCAGUUUUAAGCCGACUCCUAAGACAGAUGCAUGGAAGCCACCUCAUGAACCUACAGAUGUUACUAAGGCUGUAGGCAUCAGUUCAACUGGAACUAAAAGUGUGCGGCCUACUAGUAGUGAUGGUCACCGGAGCCCCUCAAUCCCAAAGCACUUAAUGGGAUUGACUGCCCAGAAGAAAGCGCUCAAGUUGGAGGCAGAGAAUGCCAAAGUCAAUAAACAAGAGAAAGAAGUUGAAGCAAUGCUUACCUCUGAUCUAACCAACAAAUACGAAGAAGGCAUGACUGUUGAAGAACUCGAAUUGGAGCAGAAGAUUCUGGAGGAGAAAAUGAAGAAGGCAGAGCAAGUGGUAUCUGGUGUGAAAGAGGAGAAGGGAAAGAGGAAGGGAAUAGUCAAGAAAGAACCCAUGCAGAACAAUCAGAAGAGGAGAGGCUUGAAAAGUCAAGAAAAUCAACCGCUCGAUCUAGAAGCGCAGAGGAAGGCUUUGCAGGAACAGAAGUUGGAAGAGAAGAAGCGACGACUUGAAGAGGCCAUGGCAAUGCAAGCCCAGAUUAUGGAGAAGGAGGUCAGUAAGAAAAAGGAAUUGGAAGAAGCAGCAAAAAAGACUGCAGAGAUAGAAGAACAAAUGGCAGCUUUAGCGGACGAGGCCCAGGACGCUGAACAACUUGAAGAAGAUGCCAAAAUCGCGCUGAUCGCUGCUAGAAAAUCUGCAAGGGAGGAGCGUGAAAUACGACGCAAGCAGGAGCAGGAGCGAAGACGGCAGGAGGCGGCAAGCAAACGUAAACAGGAGUGGGAGAUGAUGGAGCGAGCCAAGAAGAAGGAGAUGGAAAUGCUGGCGAAGAUUAGAGGGGUCGAGGCACAGAGGCAGUUACAGGAGGAGGAGAGAUUGAGACGGGAGGCGGAGGAGGAUGAUGAGAUGGAGAGAUUAGAGGAGGAGGAACGCCUUGGCAGGAUAGCGGCUGAAGAAGAGGAGGCACGGAUUGCUGCGAUUGAGGCACAAGCUGAGGAAGAAGCCUUGUCCAGGUUGAGAUGGGAGAGAGACGAGGCAGAAAGGAAGAGGAGGAAACUGAUGGUUGAAGCGGAGAGAUUAGCAGCAGAGGAAGACAAAAAGAGGCAAGCAUUCCUCGAAGAGCAGAGAAUUGCAGAUGAAGAAAGACAAAAGAUAGAAGAUGAAGAAAACAGAAAGAGAGAGGAAGAGAGACAAAGGCUCAUACAGUUGAAAAAAAUGGAGGAAGAAGCUCGAGAACAAAUGAGGCAGGAGUUUGAUAAGCGUAGAGAAAUGUUGCUCAAGAGACGUGAAAAGAAUCUUGAAGCGAGGAACCAUCUUCAGGGUGUCCGAACCUCUCAGGGAAUGACCAGACCAUGGACGUUUUCUUACUAUGUGCUCUGGCCAAGGGAUACAUACGAAAGGCUUAUAGGCGGUGAAGAAGAUAGCAAGAAAAAGAAGGGUGCAUUCCGAAGAAAGCCAAAGCCAAAAUCUGCUCCACCUAAAUCAUGAUGAUUGAAAUUGAAUCAAUUUUUGAUAACAAUCAUUAGGAACUAUUACUGCUAUGUGCCUGGAUUUCCUCCAAAAUUACACCCCUUUUUCAAAGUUUGGUAAUUCACAGAAAAAAAUCCUGUUAAGCACCUAAUCAUAAGCACCCAGGAAAUGUUUAGACUCUUGUAACAUGGUACAAUAGGUACAGUAGAAACUCUUAAAGUUUAAGAGACGUUGUUGUUACUUGAUCAGAUGUAUAAUUUUGUUGUUAAAUUGAGUAAUUUGUCUAAUAAAUUAUAUUAUAUAA